AAGGUCGAUCCCCGCGGAUAUUUUUGACGCAUGCUUUCCAACAGCGAGCACCGGGCCGGAGGCCGGAGGACCAAAAGGCCCACAUGGCCGCGCCGCACUAAUCGUCGUCGUAAUCCCGUACCUUUGGCCCUUCCGUCCCACCAGCACCAUUGGCUCUGCGCCUCUGCUUUCCCCUUCCAGCCUGCAUCGCGUUGCCUUUGCCCGUGUGGCCGUGUCCCCUUUCUAUAUAACCACCGGCAGGGGCCGGCCUUCCCGAGUUUACUCUAUCAACUACUGGUACGCUGCCACGGCAGAAGAAUCUCAGGAGCAACCGCAGCGCUGCCACUGCCCUCUUCUCUCUUCCCCUUCGCGUCCUGCUCUGCUCUCCCCCCUUCGCCACCCAUGGCGCACCCCCGCGGCGGCGUCUGCCCGCUCCUCUCCCUCGCCGUGUCCCUCGCGCUCCUGUGCGGCGGCGCCGACGCGGCCUUGAGGGAGCUGGAGGUCGGGUACUACGCCCGGACGUGCCCCGGCGCGGAGGAGAUCGUGCGCGGGGUCAUGGCCCGCGCGCUCUCACGCGAGCCCCGCAGCGUCGCCUCCGUCAUGCGCCUCCAGUUCCACGACUGCUUCGUCAACGGAUGCGACGGGUCGGUGCUGAUGGACGCGACGCCGACGGUGCCGGGGGAGAAGGAGGCGCUGUCCAACAUCAACUCCCUCCGCUCGUUCGAGGUCGUCGACCAGGUCAAGGAGGCGUUGGAGGAGCACUGCCCCGGCGUCGUCUCCUGCGCCGACAUCAUCGUCAUGGCCUCUCGCGACGCCGUCGUCCUGACCGGCGGACCCCGUUGGGACGUGAGGCUUGGGCGCGAGGACAGCCUGACGGCGAGCCAGGAGGACUCGGACAACAUCAUGCCGAGCCCGCGCGCCAACGCGAGCACCCUCAUCCGCCUCUUUGCCGGCUACAACCUCACCAUCACCGACCUCGUCGCGCUCUCUGGCUCACACUCCAUCGGUCAGGCCCGCUGCUUCUCCAUCGUCUUCCGCCUAUACAACCAGUCGGGCUCCGGUCGGCCUGACCCCCACAUGGACCCAGCCUACCGCGCCAAGCUCGACGCGCUUUGCCCCCUGGGCGGCGAUGAGGAAGUCACCGGCGGCAUGGACGCCACCCCGAUCGUCUUCGACAACCAGUACUUCAAGGACCUCGUCCACCUCCGGGGGUUCUUGAACUCAGACCAGACGCUCUUCUCUGACAACGCCGGUACUCGCCAGGUGGUGGCAAAGUUCAGCGAGGAUCAGGACGCCUUCUUCAGGGCCUUCGCUGAUGGCAUGGUCAAGAUGGGAGAGCUCCAGAACCCAAGGAAGGGGGAGAUACGACGCAACUGCCGCGUCGCCAACGGCUCACCAUCUCCGAGGCACAAGCAGGUCCUGCUCGUGCAGUCCCUGGUGCAGGACUACUAAUCCACGGGAGGUCUGUAUCCUGUAGAUGUCUCCUGAUAGCUGUGAUGUGAAACUGAAAAUGACGGAUGUGUUUGACAUAGUUUUGGUUGUCUCGCAGUUCUGUGCCAACCUAAGAAUGGUUUCAGAUUUUGCUAACUGUUGUCUGUUGAGGAUAAUAGGUGUCUCCGAUCAUUAGUUGACCAGUCAUAGCAAGCUUGCUUCGGGAUCAGAUACUGGGGUUUGAGUUCGACUAAAGCUGUCAGGCCAGGUAGGUUUUGAGGAACAUUGGGGUUUUCCUUUUGCUGUGACUGAGGAUAUGUCUAUUGUGCCCGGUGAAAAAAAAAAUUCAAGGAGUUUACCAAAGGCUUUCUCAUUCGGAAAAAUAAUUUGAAGUAUA